UCCCUUAAAAAAAAACCUCUCGACUCGACCCUCUCACUUUAAUCUUUAACUUUGUUCCCAAACUUUAAACAUUAUAAAUUAAUUAGAAAUAUAGUGAUACCAAAGUUUGCGUUUCGAUUUAGAAUGCAAUUGCAGAAUUUAUGAAAACGGAUUAUUUUUUCUGUUACUGAAAGUUUUUUGUAAUAAACACGAUGAAAGGUGCCAAGCUGGUCCUGUGUGGCGGUCGCUGCCUCGUCCCCAAAACGACUGCGGUGGUUCCGCUUUGCAGCAGAAAAAAUAAGUUUGGGAGCCCCUGCUUUAGAGGAACACAGUGGUUCCAGUAAAAAGGAAAAAACUACUUCUUGUACUGUAAAAAGAAAAAUGGAUUAUAUUAUACACGGAGCUCGAUCUGCCGCAUCAGAGGCGCAAGCUCGAAACGGACCGAGACAGAGUGCCUCUUUCACUCUGAAUCUUUUCCGUGGCCGAUUUGAACCUACACAGGUGUUUCCUUUUCCGGAACCACUUUCCGAUGACCAACGUCAAAUGCUACAAGAGCUCGUGCCGCCAGUCGAGAAAUUCUUUCAAGAAGUAAAUGACCCCGCUAAGAAUGAUGAGAAUUCAAAGAUUGAGGAGGGUACCGUCGCCGGACUGUGGGAUCUCGGCGCGUUCGGGCUGCAGGUGCCGGGGGAGCUCGGCGGCCUGGGGCUGUCCAACACGCAGUACGCGCGGCUCGUCGAGGUGGUCGGGGCCCACGACCUCGGCGUCGGCAUCACGCUCGGGGCGCAUCAGUCCAUCGGCUUCAAGGGAAUCUUGCUGUUCGGCAACCCGCAGCAGAAAGAGCAUUACCUGCCGCGCGUCACUUCCGGCGAGUAUGCCGCCUUCUGCCUCACCGAACCUUCUUCCGGUUCAGACGCCGGUUCUAUCAAGACUCGAGCCGUGCUGGCGCCCGACGGCAAACAUUUCAUCCUAAAUGGUUCGAAGAUCUGGAUCAGCAACGGCGGUAUCGCAGAGAUUAUGACGGUUUUCGCACAAACUCCUAUCGAGAAGGACGGAAAGACCGUUGAUAAGGUGACGGCGUUCAUCGUGGAGAGGUCGUUCGGCGGCGUGUCGUCCGGCCCGCCCGAGAACAAGAUGGGCAUCAAGUGCUCCAACACCACGGAGGUGUACUACGAGGACGUGCGCGUGCCCGUCGAGAACGUGCUGGGCGGCGUCGGGAACGGGUUCAAGGUCGCCAUGAACAUCCUCAACAACGGGCGCUUCGGCAUGGCGGCCGCGCUGGCCGGCACGCAGCGCGCCGCCAUCGCGCAGGCCGCGCAGCACGCCGCCACGCGCGUGCAGUUCGGGAAGCACCUGGCCGAGUUCGGCGCCGUGCAGGAGAAGCUGGCCCGCAUGGCCAUGCUGCAGUACGCCACCGAGGCGCUCGCCUACAUGGUCUCCGGCAACAUGGACUCCGGCGCGCAGGACUACCACCUGGAGGCCGCCAUCUCGAAGGUUUUCGCUUCGGACAGCGCAUGGACAGUCGUCGAUGAAGCCAUCCAGAUCCUCGGCGGGAUGGGCUACAUGAAGGCGACGGGGCUGGAGCGCGUGCUGCGCGAUCUCCGCAUCUUCCGCAUCUUCGAAGGCACCAACGACAUCCUGCGUCUGUUCGUGGCGCUCACGGGAAUCCAGUUCGCCGGAUCUCACCUCCAGGAGCUCCAGCGAGCCUUCAAGAACCCGACCGCACAUCUCGGGCUCAUAUUCUCGGAGGCCGGGCGGCGCGCCACGGCCGCCGUGGGGCUGGCGCGCGGGGCGGACCUGAGCUCGCUGGUGGCGCCCGAGCUGCGGGGCGCGGCGGCCGAGCUGGGCAAGCUGGUGGGCGAGCACGGGCGCGCGGUGGAGGCGGUGCUGCUGAGGCACGGGCGCGGCGUGGUGGAGCAGCAGUGCGUGCUCAACCGGCUGGCGGGCGCGGCCGUGGACGCGUACACGUCGGCCGCCGUGCUGUCCCGCGCCUCCCGCGCCGCGCGCCGCUCGCUGCCCGGCGCCGCGCACGAGCUGCGCCUGGCCGCCGCGUGGGCCGAGGAGGCGCUGGGCCGCAUCCCGGCGCAGCUGGCCGCCACCCGGGACGCGCGCUCCCAGGCGCACUUCCAGCGGCUCGGCGCGCUGGGCCGCGACGUGGCCGACCAGGGCGGCCAGCUGUGUCCCAACCCGCUCUACUUGUGACCGCGCUGCUCUGUCCCCUCCUGUAUAAUAUACGUGUAAUAUAAUUAUAGUUAAUUUAUUUAUUUUAUAGAAAAAUAUACACAUUUCGCAAAGAU